UCACGUGUGAAGCAGAAAAGAAAACAUUGUUUACUUAACCGUUUACAAGUUCUAGACGGAAAUGGCCGAUACAUUUUCAGAUUCGGAAGAAGACUCCUUUUUCGACGACGAAAAGGAUGAGAUGUCAGAUGAUGAUGUAUAUCAGCCUAAGUCAACAGAGGACCAACAAUGUCACGAGCCAAAGUUAAACAAGCAUCUCCAACAACUCCAAAAUCGCUUGGGUCUAAAGGAUUUAAAAAAAAAAAUUUCAAGUACAGAAAGUAGUACACAGCCUAAUCCUCCAACUGGCAACCCAGAGCCCCUUAUUGUUGUGUAUAAUGAUCCUCGCAAACGGAAGAAGCUGAAAACAAAACCAAUGCCAUCAAAUACUAAAAAUGAACAAGGAGAUCAUCUUCCAGAACCUGAAGAAUUCAACCUCAUUAAGGCAAAACAUGAUGUUAAAAAGUUUACAAUUAAAGCUUUAAAGAAAUCAAGCAAGAACCAGGCUCAAAUAGCACUUGCAGUAUCACUGGGAGCUUUGCCUCCAAAGCCAAUGGCUACGAACUACAAAGUGUUGCAACAUUCUAAGAAAAAAGAGGCUGCAAGACAAAAAAGGCUGAAAGACAAUGAACAUAUUUUUGCUACUAAAUUACAAUUGACAAAUAAAAAGAAAGGAGCCAAGAGAAAUAAAAAUAAGGUGGUCAACUUUGAUGCCAAAUUUGGAAAAUAUGGCCCAGGGCUUAAAACACAAAUGAAGGAUGCAAAAAAAAAGAAAAACUGACAUCAAUGUGAAUACAAUCAUGUUUAUUAGUGAAA